AUGGAUUGGUUUAACAGCGAUCAACGACAGAUGGACGAUUUCGUCAACUCCAACAACUGGCACGUGCCGCCAAUUCCCGACCCAAAUGCAACGCCUAGUCCGGGGUUGCCUACCAAUAUGGAAAUAACAUCAUCAGUUAGCACUGAUGAGUACGACAUCUAUGAUAUAGAGCCCGCUGAAGGGAGGGGCAGGCUGGCCAAGAACUUCGUCGACAUCUCCGAGGACGCUAUCAUCGGCAACCAGCAGAGCGGCAAAGUGUUCUGGCAGCUGAUUGCAGAGAAGUACAACGCUGGUCGACCUAGAGGGUCGUUCGAGCGUAGCUACGUGAAGCUACGCAAGCAUUGGGGUCGGGUCCAGAAGGAGAUGAACAAGUGGAAUGGCAAGUGGACUAACGUAGUUCGGAUGUGGCCGAGCGGGCACAACGAGAUGGACCUCGUGGAGAAGGCCAAGGCAGAUUUCUUCUCUGACGGGAAGAAGCACUUCAAGUACUUCGACGUUUGGAAGCUUGUCGAAAAGAGCCCGAAGUAUACCGGUGGGGCAGAACUGGCGGCAAGUGGGGCGCAGAAGGGAACCAAAGUUUCCGCCGCCAGACACUUUGGGCAGACGACGACAUCUUCCUCUCAUCCCCUGUUGACGGAGUUGACAUCGAGGGAUACCUCGACAAUGUCGGAGUUCGAGGUCAAGUUGCACCAUGAGAUGAUAGGAUACCUUUGCACACAAAUGAAGAAGUAG